AGCAGACGAGAAUGGCAAAACUGUCCCAUUCUUUAAGCUUUUUGCGUUCGCAGAUAGAGUGGAUAUGUGGUUGAUGAUUAUCGGAACAAUUGGGGCUAUCGGGAAUGGUAUUUCUUUGCCUCUAAUGACUAUAUUGUUCGGAGAGAUGAUCGAUUCCUUUGGACAAACUCAAAACGCUCCUGUUGAUGUAGUUCGCGUCGUCUCCAAGGUAUCUUUGAAGCUCGUCUACUUAGCAAUUGGAGCCGGAGCGGCCGCUUUUCUUCAGGUGGCUUGUUGGAUGGUGGCUGGAGAGCGUCAAGCCGCGAGGAUAAGAAAGUUGUAUUUGAAAGCCAUAAUGAGACAAGAUAUCGCCUUCUUCGAUACAGAAACAAAUACGGGCGAAGUUGUGGGUAGAAUGUCGGGUGAUACUGUUCUAAUUCAAGAUGCCAUGGGAGAAAAGGUUGGGAAAUUCAUAAAACUAGUUUCCACAUUUUUGGGAGCUUGUGUGAUUGCCUUCAUCAAGGGAUGGCUUUUAACACUUGUAAUGUUAACAUGCAUUCCUUUGCUUGUAUUAACCGGAGGAAUAAUGGCUUUCGUCAUGGCUAAGAUGGCUUCUAGAGGUCAAACCGCGUAUGGAAAAGCUGCGACUAUAGUUGAACAAACAAUCGGCUCCAUUAGAACCGUUGUAUCAUUCACGGGAGAAAAGCAAGCGAUAGCUACUUACAACAAAUCGCUUCGAAAAGCUUACAAAUCAGGUGUUCAAGAAGGAUUAGCUUCCGGUUUUGGCUUAGGUUCGGCUAUGGGUAUCGUAUUCGGAAGCUAUUCUUUGGGAGUUUGGUAUGGGGCAAAGUUGAUAAUUGAAAGAGGGUACUCGGGAGGUGAAGUUAUGAAUGUAAUCGUCGCUAUCCUUACCGGUUCAAUGUCACUUGGGCAGGCAUCUCCAUGCAUUAGUGCAUUUGCUGCAGGUAAAGCAGCAGCAUACAAGUUAUUUGAGACCAUUAAUCGAAAACCCGAGAUUGAUCCAUAUGAUCAAAAAGGGAAGAAACCCGACGAUAUUCGUGGCGAUAUUGAGUUUAAAGAUGUUCACUUCAAUUACCCGGCAAGGCCAAACGAGCCAAUUUUUAGCGGAUUCUCACUUGAAAUCCCUAAUAGUACAACUGCAGCUUUGGUCGGACAAAGUGGAAGCGGUAAAUCAACGGUGAUUAGCCUACUAGAGAGAUUUUACGAUCCGACGGCUGGCGAGGUUCUUAUUGACGGGAUAAAUCUUAAAGAAUUUCAACUUAAAUGGAUUAGGCAAAGGAUUGGUCUUGUUAGCCAAGAACCAAUUCUCUUCACAUCUAGUAUCAAAGAUAAUAUUGCAUAUGGCAAGGAAAACGCGACCAUAGAAGAGAUAAGAGCAGCCGCGGAAUUGGCCAACGCCGCCAAGUUUAUCGACAAAUUACCAAAGGGCAUUGACACUAUGGUUGGUGAGCAUGGAACUGCCUUGUCUGGUGGGCAAAAACAGAGAAUUGCGAUAGCAAGAGCGAUAUUAAAAAACCCUAGAAUAUUACUUCUCGACGAAGCAACAAGUGCACUUGAUGCGGAAUCAGAAAGAGUCGUUCAAGAGGCUCUAGAUAGAAUAAUGACUGACAGAACAACAAUCAUCGUUGCUCAUCGUUUGACAACAGUGAGAAACGCUAACAUGAUUGCUGUCAUUCAUCGAGGAAAGAUCGUCGAAAAAGGGUCACAUUCUGAACUGCUAAUAGAUCCUGAAGGAGCUUAUUCCCAAUUAAUAAAACUUCAAGAAGUAAACAAAGAAUCUAUUUACGACGGACAAAUCUCAAGCCGAAAAACGUCGCUAAUAAGAAGAAGUAACAGCAACAAUAUCAGCAGCCGACACUUGUCUUUGUCGCACUCAUUCGGUCUUCCCGUCGGAUUUAACGUUCCCGAAUCAACCCUACCAGAACCAGAACCAGAACCAGAACCAGAAAAACAACCACAAAAUCCCCAACCGGUCCCUUUUACCCGGCUGAUUCGUCUCAACAAACCCGAAAUCCCGGUCCUAUUGGGUGGAACCCUAGCCGCAAUCAUCAACGGUUCAAUCUUACCCAUUUACGGUUUACUAAUUUCUAGCGUGAUAAAGUCGUUUUUCGAGCCUCCAAACGAGUUAAAGAAGGAUUCAAGAUUUUGGGCAAUCAUGUUUGCAAUCCUUGGACUUGCAACUUUCGUGGCUUAUCCAACAAGAACAUAUUUAUUCUCUAUAGCGGGUAAUAAGUUGAUCAAGAGAAUUAGAAAAUUAUGUUUUAAAAAAGUGGUUAGCAUGGAAGUGAGUUGGUUUGAUCAUCCGGAGAACUCUAGUGGUGUUAUUGGGGCAAGGCUUUCAACGGAUGCAGCCACGAUUAGAGCUUUGGUUGGAGACACUCUAGCUCAGAUCGUUCAAGAUUCUUCAUCAGCCAUAGCGGGUUUGAUUAUCGCGUUUCUAGCAAGUUGGCAAUUGUCACUCAUAAUUCUAGGGUUACUUCCUUUAAUUGCCGCAAAUGGAUUUGUUCAAGUUAAGUUCAUGAAAGGUUUUUCGGCCGAUGCAAAGGCAAUGUAUGAACAAGCGAGCCAAGUUGCAACCGACGCGGUGGGGAGUAUAAGAACCGUGGCAUCUUAUAGUGCCGAGGAGAAGAUAAUGGAAAUGUACGAGGAAAGGUGUAAAGGGCCGGUGAAGAAUGGGAUAAGACAAGGUUUAGUAAGCGGGGCAGGUUUCGGGCUUUCUUUUAUGUUACUCUAUUUGGUCUAUUCUCUAAGCUUUUAUGCGGGUGCACGUUUAAUAGAAGAUGGCAAAAUAACAUUUGGAGAUGUAUUUAGAGUUUUCUUCGCAUUAACGAUGGCAGCCAUGGGUCUUUCUCAAUCGAGUAGUCUAGCACCCGAUUCUAGCAAAGCUAAGACGGCGGUGGCUUCCAUAUUUGAAAUGCUUGAUCGGAAAUCAAAGAUCGAUGCUAGUGAUGAGUCGGGUAUAGUCCUAGAUGAUGUCAAAGGCGAUAUUGAACUACAACACAUUAGCUUUAAGUACCCAACUAGACAUGACAUUGAGAUUUUCCGUGACCUUAACUUAACCAUUCGUAGUGGAAAGACGCUGGCUUUGGUUGGAGAAAGUGGAUGUGGGAAGUCGACUGUAAUCGCGUUGUUGGAAAGAUUCUAUGACCCGGAUUCCGGUCUUAUUACACUCGAUGGAGUUGAUAUCCAAAGGUUGAAGUUAAAAUGGUUGAGGCAACAAAUGGGACUCGUGGGCCAAGAACCGGUCUUGUUCAACGAGACAAUACGUGCCAACAUUGCUUACGGUAAAGGAGGAGAUGCAACCGAGGCUGAGAUCAUCUCGGCAUCUCAAUUGGCAAAUGCGCACACAUUCAUUAGCGGAUUAAACCAGGGAUACGACACGAUGGUGGGGGAAAGAGGAGUGCAAAUGUCCGGGGGACAAAAACAAAGAGUGGCAAUAGCUCGAGCCAUAGUUAAGAACCCUAAGAUAUUGUUACUAGACGAGGCCACAAGUGCCCUCGAUGCAGAAUCGGAGAGGGUAGUUCAAGAUGCACUAGAGCGUGUGAUGGUGAACCGAACCACAGUGGUGGUGGCUCAUCGUUUGACAACAAUUAAGAAUGCGGAUGUGAUCGCAGUGGUGAAGAACGGGGUCAUCGUGGAAAAGGGUCGACACGAGAAGCUUAUCAAUAUCAAAGAUGGUUUCUAUGCUUCUUUGGUGGCAUUGCAUAUGAGUGCUUCAUCAUCAAAAUCAUGAAGUUAUUGGUUGAAAGCACUACCCUUUGUUAUGGAUUGCUCUCUUUUUAAUUGGAUCGUUUGAGUAUGUAUUUUGA